AUGCGAACGCACGAGCAGCGUCGAUUUGGGAUCGCGGUGGUGGUGCCGCCUCAGCGGAUCGCGUUUGCAAAGGCUGGAAGAAGAAGAGAGGAAGAAGGGGUGACUGGUGAGAGGCGAUGUGGGGGACCGGCCCCGUGCUUUCUCCCCAUCCCCGUGUUCCCCCCUUCCCCGUGUUUCUCCCUUCCCCGUGAUUCCUCCUUCCCCGCGCUUUCUCUCCUUCCCCGUGUUUCCCCCUUCCCCGUGUUUCCUCCUUCCCCGUGUUUCCUCAUUCCCCGUGUCUUCUCCCCUUCCCCGUGUUUCCUCCUUCCCCGUGCUUUCUCCCGUUCCCCGUUCUCCCGUUCCCCGUGCUUUCUCCGCAUCCCCGAGUUUCCCCCUUCCCCGUGCUUUCUCCCCAUCCCCGUGAUUCCCCCAUCCCCAUGUUUCCCCCUUCCCCGUGAUUCCCCCUUUCCCUUGCUUUCUCUUCUUCCCCGUGAUUCCCCCUUUCCCGUGCUUUCCCCGUGCUUUCUCCUCCUCCCAACCCCCAUCAGCUCACCCCUCAACUCCCCACAUGCCCCUCCUUCGUUCACCCCUCGUUUCCCCCUUUUCCCCCGCACGUCCCCCCCCUCCUCCCUCCCUCUCCCUCGCUGCUCUGCUCUGCUCCCCGUCCACAGAAUCAUGCGUGCGUUCCAGGCAGAGGAACGGAAGAUGGUCAAGAAGGUGCUCGAGCUGCACAAGGCCAAGGAGAAGAGCGCCUCCAACGUCCCCGCUGAAACCGCUCAGCUCAGAUGA